UGUUCGACUACUUCGUCUAUGACGCUCGCCCUCGCUCCGCAAUUUUGGACCGGACUCGCCGGCGGAGUUGCGGAACACGUUAUCAGCACGCUUCGCUCCAUCAAGCCUGCGUCAAGCCUGCAUCACGCAGGCUUUCGUCGAUCCCGCGGGAGAUGGCCGGAAUUGUCAACAAGGAGUUUGCUGAGUUGUCCCAGACAGGGCUGAACUACCUGUCCUGGUCCUUGGAUUGCGAGAUCUAUCUCCAGGGCAAAACCCUCCUGAGGGCGAUCGGUAAAGGGGACCAGCUGGCCCCCACUGAUCCCAAGUUCGAAACUGAGAAUGCGCAGGCUCUGCAUUCUCUCUGUCAUCACCUGUCACCUACUCUGAAAGAUGAGUAUAUGGCUGAGAGCAGUGCUUCUGGCCUUUGGACCGCUCUUAAGCAGCAGUUUGAGCGGUUGAAGUACAAUGUGAAGCCACGUGCAGAGGCAGAGUGGAUCCGUCUGAGGUUUGCGGACUUCAAGACGAUUGGGGAGUACAAUUUAGUUCUGCACCAGAUUUGUACGACUCUUCGGUUGUGUGGUACUGAGAUUACCGACACCCAGAAGAUUGAGAAAACCAUAUCCACUUUCCACCCUGACGUGGUCCAGUCCUCACGGAACUACCGCCAGGGGAACUACACGAGGUAUUCAAAGUUAAUUGACGUCCUCCAGGUGGAGGAGGCGCAGGACGAGGUUCUGAAAAAGAACUUUGUCGUGCAACCACUUGGGGGGAGUUCUUGCCAGGAGGUGAAUGCUCUCAAAGUCCGCAAGCCUCAACAGAAGAAGAGGGGCCGCAAGGGCAAGAAGAAGGGCCCUCAACCCUUCGCCCCGGCUAAGCAGCACAAGCCGGGCAAGGGAGGGAAGAGGCCUCAAGACUGCUUCCGUUGUGGCUCGGUGGAGCAUUUCUCCCGCCAGUGCCGCGCACCACCGGAGGUCGUUGAAGCAUACAAGUCUCGGAAGGCACGUGAGAUGCACCUCAUCUUGGUUCAGGAGGGAGCACCACCGGCGCCCAUCGCGGCACCCGUGAUGAUCUCUACGCCCCCUGCUGCGCCCACAGAGGCGACCCCUGUGGUGCCCAUCGCGGCAGCUUUGGCGGUCUCUAAUUACGCCCACGUCACCAUGGAGGUUGACCACAUGGUCGCCUCGGCGGUGCCGCCACUAGAUAUUGAUGUUGUCUCCAAGAUGAUUUCUAAGGAGGAUCAACUCACUAGUAUGGAGAUUGCGACUGAAGUGAAUGGCUUCUUUACCAAGUCCACUUAG